GCAACCUCUUUCAACAUUGGUUUUAUCAAUUUCCAGUUGCUUUUCGCCGCUAGUGAGCAAUUAUCAAUAAAACACUCAUUAAACAAAUAUGAGAGGCAAUUAAAUUUAUCGCAAAUUUCCCGUGGAACGGUUUGUGUACAGCGGUGGCUUCGAUAUUUCUUCUGUGAUUAAUACGUGAAUCAUUUUCUUUGUUUCGUUAGCGCUCGACGAAGAUACGGUUCUAGUGAGUUUAGUGCAUCGAAAUUGAACUUUUUCACCUGAUUUCAGUUCGGUGGCAUCGAUCAAGCGGGCUUACAGGGAGAGAUGUCCUGAGCGGAGUUUUACUUACGAGGAGCCAUCCUCGUCAAGUAAACGAGCAUGAGGAAGCUGUGCGAGACCCACUUGGUGUAUAUCCUGCUGCUUUACGUGCAUCUCGACGAGGCAGUUGAUCCCUCGCAAUGCAUAGCUCCUUUGGGAAUGGAGAACGGCGCCAUCAAGGACGCUGACAUAACGGCAAGCUCCUCGUUCGACAGCGGCAACGUGGGACCUCAUCACGGACGGGUGAGGACGGACAAAAACGGUGGCGCGUGGUGUCCCCAGAAGCAGGCGACCACUGAGCCCGAGGAGUGGAUCCAGGUGGACCUGAAGACGGUGCACAUGAUCACGGCGACGGAGACGCAAGGCAGAUUUGGUAACGGACAGGGGAUCGAGUAUGCUGAAGCGUACAUGCUGGAAUAUUGGAGGCCCAGGUUGCAGACCUGGAUGAGAUACCACAACAGUAAAGGAGAAGAGGUUCUUGCUGGAAACGUGAAUCCAUAUCUGGAGUCCAAAAAUCAGUUGGACCCUCCGCUAUGGGCGAGCAAAAUCCGAUUCUACCCGUACAGCUAUCACAAGAGAACAGUCUGCAUGAGAGUGGAGCUAUAUGGAUGUCGAUGGACAGAUGGGAUAGUCAGUUACACUAUGCCUCAAGGGGACAAGAGGGGUUCGAACUGGGAAUUUUAUGAUUUCGGAUACGAUGGCCACUGGGACGGUACUGAACUAAAAAACGGCCUAGGCCAACUUAUCGAUGGUAAAUUUGGCCACGACGAUUUCAAGACGGACUUCUACGACGUCCAAACCUGGGUGGGAUGGAAGAACGACACUAGACACAACAAGCCUAUCGAGAUCAAGUUCGAAUUCGAUAAAGUACGCGAAUUCUCCUCUGUACAUAUUUUCUGUAAUAAUCAGUUCACCAAAGACGUACAAGUAUUUUCCAUGGCCAAAGUCAUGUUCAGCAUCGGCGGCAAGCGCUUCAACAAGGGCGAACCGAUCACCUACGAGUACAUCGAAGACAGAAUCUUCGAGACGGCUAGAAACAUUACUAUCAAACUGCACCAUAGAGUAGGACGCUUCGUUAAGCUUCAGUUCUUUUUCGCUUCAAAGUGGAUGCUGAUAAGCGAGAUUUCCUUCGAUUCGGUUGUGGCGCACGGAAAUUUCACCGUCGAGCCCGAACCUACGAGCGUUCCACAGGUCAAGUCGCAUAAUGGCGACAGACACGAUCAUAAAAUUGAAAUUCCAGUGCCGAACGACAUCAACGAGCCUGCAGUUAUAGCGAUCAUACUUAUAGGUUUGACUCUUGUGAUACUUCUCCUAGGUGCUAUUAUAUUGAUAAUAUACCGCUUCCGGAACAGGAAAUUCUUCCGGAGCCCCAACUCCUCAAAUAUAGGUUUCCCCAGCAAUACUCUGCCCCACCUCCAACCGGAAUCCGUUUACGGAAUGAGCGAGAAAGGGAGUUCCAUCGAAGCUUACGGCGUCACGGAAAUCGACGAUUACAGGAGGAGCCACGGCACGAUUAAGUCCAGCCUGAGGUCCACGUUGCCGCUCCCCCAGCCGUGCGACAUGUCGGAGAACAACGAAUAUCAGGAGCCAUAUCAAGCCAUGCGGUACGCGCCCUACUACAGCUACAGUUCCGUUGUAAUGGAGAUGCAGGACGUGAUGCCAAACAGUAUUAAGAAGUACCCGUUUCCGCAAGAUGCGUAUGACUAUGCGGUGCCCGAGGCCGGCACUCUGCCGCUGUUGUCGGUGUCGGAGCAGAACACGUUACCGAUCGCCCGCAGCAGGAUGAGCAGCGUAUCCUCGAAGGGACCAAGGAUAUCGUUGCGGAGUACUCACAGCGAAGGGAGAGAAGGGAAAAGAUCUCCGACACAGCAGGAGGCGCUGACGGCGUUGAAGAAACGCCUGGAGCAGACCACCAUAUUGGAAUUUCCCAGGCAUAGGCUGAGGAUGCUGUCGAAACUGUCCGAGGGGGCUUUUGGAACUGUUUACAUUGCGGAAGCUGACGGGAUUGCAGAAUAUUCCUCGACGUUGUCUCUAGGCACAAGAUUAGUCGCGAUUAAAUUUUUAGGGGAAUCUGCUGCGGAAAAAGAAAAGAAGGACUUCUAUCGAGACGUCCGAAUCCUAGCGGCGCUCGAGGACCACAACAUCGCCCGGGUGCUGGGCAUCUGCAGCCAGGACGAGCCCCUGUGCGUUGUGAUGGAGUACCUGGACCACGGCGACCUCUGCCAGUUCCUCAAGACCCACGUCGCCGCCGACACCAACACCAACCUCCCUUACGGCGUGAAAUCCCUCUCGUUCGACUGCCUCCUCUACAUGGGGGUGCAGAUAGCCUCGGGGAUGAAGUACCUCGAGUCGCUCAACUUCGUACACCGAGACCUGGCCACCAGGAACUGCCUGAUAGGGAAGGGCUACCAGAUCAAGAUCUGCGACUUCGGCACUUACAACGAACUCUACGUAAACGACUAUUACAAGGUGGACGGCAACACCCCAUUGCCGAUCAGGUGGAUGGCGUGGGAGAGCGUGUACCAGGCGAGGUACACCACAAAGAGCGACGUCUGGGCCUUCGCCGUUACCCUGUGGGAGAUCCUGACACUCUGCCGGAGGCAGCCCUUCGACUGUCUCACCGAUCCGGAGGUGAUGGAGAAUCUAGCGAGGCUGCAUUGCGACGACGGGCAGUUCAAGUACCUGCCGCGGCCUUCGGCCCACAAGGACAUAUACGACAUCAUGAUGGAGUGCUGGAGACGACGGGACGGCGACAGGCCGACGUUCCGCGAGAUACACCUCUUCCUGCAGAGGAAGAACCUAGGCUACGCGCCCGUGUAGCUCGGGAAGACUGGUUAGGUAUUUUAGAGGGAUCAACAACUUUGUAAAUAGAACACAGGGUGAUACUAUGUAUUUUUUUAGUUAGUCGAGUUUAGGUUAUUUAUUUCGUCGGAGCCUUCGGUCUUCUGAAGACCCGCGGGUUUAUUUAUUCGGAGGGGGACCGGCGGAAAACCGCAGUCGAGCCGUUUAAAAAUCAACAUAAAAAUCGAUUUGUUGCUCUUGUACUGAUAAAAAUAAAAUUUCUUUUUUAAAAGCAUUAUUAAUUUUUGUUUUUUUAUUACAAACAGUACUUUUUCGGUUACACAUAAGAAUUAAAUUGUUUCAGAGGAAAAAUGGAUUCCACGAAUUUUAUGUUAAUUACCAACCGUGUAAGUUUGGUUGCCUAACUUUUGCAGUUACAUGAAUCUCGAAUAAUUUUAAGAGGAUUCUAUAGCAAAUAGGCAACCAGUAAUACAUUUUUAUAGAUUUUAUUACACAGUUUGUCUAAAUAUGAAUUAGUGCACGAAUAACAGACUUUCCUCCAUUCUAACACAGAUUUUCUAUAAAGUGAAGUUAGUUCGAAACUCAUAUUACUUUUUGGUGUAAAGAAAUUUGAAAUUUGCAAUAUAGUCCAAUCAAUAGGUAGAAGAGCUUACAAA